ACCACCACCCAAAGCAAAGCGGAGCUGCGGAAGCGCGAAGGGGACGCAAGGGAGCGAAGCGCGGCGCGGCAGCGGGCAAACCCUAGGCGUACGGCGGGCGCCACAACCCCCCGGCGGGCAGGCUCCGCACGGCUCGGUUGCUCGGCUCGGCUCGAUUCCGCCGGGUCUGACCCCGCCAGGCGGCCAUGUCGAACAGGUCCAUUUGCAAGUUCUUUGUGAAUGGUGCUUGCUUUAAAGGAGACUACUGUCAAUUCUCCCAUGACUGGAAUGAUCAACCAAAUGAUGUUUGCACAUUUUACCAGAACGGUGUGUGCUCUUAUGGCAGUCGUUGCAGAUAUGAACAUGUUGAAGUUUCUUCUGAAUACACCCCACCAUCAACUACUGCAGCACUCGCACCAUUCAACUCUUAUCGGUCUUGGUGUCCUCUUUGUGAGGGGGAAAUAGAUGUGAGCAACCAGACACAAAAAAGUUUAUCGGCAUGCUCUGUGCAUCAAUCUACCUGGAGAUUUGAUGAUGAAGAUAGCAUUCCAGAGGAUGGGAACAGCUUGUCAAUGUCAUCAGCACUAACUGCACAAAACCAAGCGCCCCACCCACUUGCUCAUCUGCCCAUAUGCUCUUUUGCUGCAGCUGGAACUUGUCCCUAUGGGAAGAAGUGCCCUCAGAUGCAUGGGGAUCUAUGCACAACCUGUGGAAAACAGUGCUUGCAUCCCUACCGUCCCAGCGAAGGUGGGGCUCAUAUCAAGCUCUGCAAAAGAAACAACAAACGUCUUGAGGCCUUGAAAAAAAGUGAAGAGAUAGAAUGUAGUGUAUGUUUGGACCGUGUGCUUUCAAAGCCCACAGCAGCGGAAAAGAGGUUUGGGCUUCUACCUGAAUGUGACCAUGCCUUCUGUAUCACAUGCAUUAGGAAGUGGCGCAGCAGCUCUCUUACGUCUUCUAUGGAUAUCGACUCUACAGUCAAGGCUUGUCCAAUAUGCCGCAAAGUCUCGUACUAUGUCAUUCCUAGUGCUACAUGGUACUCCUCGAAGGAGGAAAAACAGGAUAUAAUUGACGGUUACAAGGCCAAGCUCAAGUCGAUUGAUUGUAGGUACUUUGACUUUGGAAGGGACACUUGCCCCUUUGGCGGUCGAUGUUUCUACAAGCAUGCCUACACCGAUGGGCGUUUGGAGGAGCCGGCAACGGUGGCAGUGCUUCAUUUUCAUGCCGACAAUGGAAGUAUGGAGCAUGCAAGAAAUAUCGGGUUGGCGUACUUGCUCAGCCGGUUACAUCUGUAGCAUCCAGAAGGGAAGCAGUUGAGAAGAGAAGUACUUACUUAGGGAGCCACCAUAACUUUCUCUCCGGCUGGUGGUUGCUGCUAACUUAUAUAAUCCACAGGUAGUCGGCUGCUGUAAAAGCAGAGGGUUCCUGACGUUUGAUCAUGUCUUCUCAAGACUUUCGUGCUUCUUACUCCUUCCUGCUGAAUGCAGAAACUUCAGUCUGCUGCCGUAAAUCUCCAAAAAGGAGAACUGUAAACCUAACGACAGCGGAGAUGUCAUGCCUCAGGUCAUCACGGGUUCCUUGUCAUGAACGAUCGUUGUGUUGUCUUUGGGCUAGGAGUUCUCCUGUCGAACAUCAGAACUUCACGCCGUUACCUUUGCCUGUGUACGGAAGGCACUGUAUAUACUCGUAGUGGUACAUCCUGUCCGUUUCUCGUCCAUGGAGUAAAUAAUUUGUUCAGGCUAUACAGGUAGAACAGUGCAACGCAGAUCCUUCUAUACGUGAAUUUAUGCUUUGGCCCACGAGUUGAAACCUGCAAGGUCUCGGUGGUACUCGCAGGGCAGGUCCAUGUACUCUCUCCGCAAAGAAAUACUCACUCCGUCCCAUAAUAUAUGAGCGUUAUUAUGGGACAGAGGGAGAGUAUCCCAUAAUAUAUGAGCGUUAUUAUGGGACAGAGGGAGAGUAUAAGAUAGUGAUCUAAACACUCUUAUAUUUCUUUACAGAUUGAGUAUUAGAUAUUUA